GCUGCACCAUAACGCAUUCUUCCGCUAUCUUUUCUGUCUUCUUUCAUCGACGCACAUACACGAAGGUUUCCUGAUAAAAUAAAACUUUUAAUCCGAUCCAAACGUCCGCAACAACAAGAUACGGCACCAUGUCGGAGCAGCCUCAGCAGGACGCCAUCCAGCCCGCGCAGCCGCAGCAGCCGCAGCUCUCAGUGGAGACGAUGAUGAACCGCCUUGGCCGCUGUGCUGCGGAGCAGUCCGGCUUCAUCAACUGUCCGAUCUACCGCGGCUCCACCAACCUCUUCGACAACUUCGCCGCUUCCACGAUGAAGGGGGCGGAGUUCCGGUACGGCACCUUCGGCAACCCGACUCGCGCUAACCUGGAGAAGGCGUGGACCGCCUUGACGGGCGGGGCCGGCACGCUCGCUCUCUCCUCCGGUGCGCAGGCCGUGGCGUACGCGCUGAUGGCGGUGCUGAACGCUGGCGACAAUGUGUUGAUGACGGACACGGCCUACCUUCCCACGCGUAAGUUCUGCGAUGGCUUUCUCAGCAAAAAAGGCAUCUCCACCGUUUACUACGACCCCUGCAUCACCCCAGAAGACCUCCGCGAGCUGCUGCGCAAGUACCCGAACACGACCGCCCUCUUCAUGGAGUCGCCUGGGUCGCAGACGUUCGAGGUCCAGGACGUGCCCGGGCUGUGCGCGGUGGCACACGAGUUCAACGUGGCGACGCUGAUCGACAACACCUGGGCCACCCCGCUGUUCUUCGAUGCACAUGCGAAGGGCUGCGACAUCUCGAUCGAGGCUGGCACCAAGUACCUCAGCGGGCACUCCGACCUCAUCAUGGGCCUCAUCUCGGCCAACGCGACGUGGUUCCCGACGAUAAAGGAGACGCUGAUGCUGUUCCAAUCCACUCCCGGUGAUGAGUCGUGCUUCCUCGCGCUGCGUGGUCUGCGCACCAUGUAUCUGCGCGUGCGGGAGGCAGAGCGCCGUGGACUGGAGAUGGCGCGCUUCAUGGAGAGUCGCCCCGAGGUGCUGAAGGUGCUUCACCCGGCCAUGUCCGACUGCCCGGGUCACGAGAUCUGGAAGCGCGACUUCACCGGGUCCACGGCGGUCUUCUCCGUCAUCCUACUGCCCAAGUACACGUUGAAGGAUGUCGAGCACAUGCUGGACAGCUACAAGAUUUUCCAGAUGGGCUUUUCCUGGGGUGGGUUUGAGAGCCUGGUGAUGUAUUACGACUGCACCUCCUACCGCACUGCGACGGCGUUCGCACCGGGCGGCCUGCUCGUGCGGUACCAGAUCGGCUUGGAGAACAUGGAAGACUUGAAGGACGACCUGUCUCAGGGCUUCGAUCACCUGCGCAGCGAGUAG